GAGGGGCUUCACUGAGGCGCCGCGGGCCGAGCCGAGCGGGGCCGCCCGGGCUCGGCGCGCAGAGCGGCCGGGCGAGCGGUGGCGCUGCGGAGGCGGCGACCGAGGCCGGCGGGCGCGGAGGAGGGGCCCGAGAGUGGGGCGGCCGGCGGCAGCCGCCUCCGUGACGACUGCCGGCAGCGCGGCGACCUGAGGAGACCGAGCCGCGGGCCCCGCCGCCGCCGUCGCCGGUCCCUGUUGUCUUCCUUCUCCUCUCUCGGCGGGGGCGUCAGGAAUGGGCCCCAACCGCCGCGGGCCCCGCACCGCGCGCCGCCCGUAGGCCCCAGCAGUGGGAGGCCGGCCGCCCGACCUCUCACCACCCCUUCGCCCUAGCCAAGCCGUCCCCACCCCAAAUCCCCGGGAAGGAAGAUGAGGGACACACGUCCGGCGCUCAGCAGCCAGAGCAGCAGCAGCAGCGGUCGGGGGAGGGUGUUUCGCCGUUUCCUCUCAGCCGCCAGGACAAGAUGGCAGCGGCCGCGGAGAGGGGCUGAGCCCGGGCUGGGUGGUGCCGCCUGCUGAAGCGCCUGGCUCCCUGUUCCCGACACGGCCCCGCACCCACCCCGGACAUGCUCAGGGCUGCGGCCGCCCGAAGAGGGGAGAGCGCAGGCCUCUAGGAAGAGUUUCCUGAAGCACAGGAUUUCCUGAUGCCAUUGUGAAAGAUCAUCCUCAGUUCAUAAGGUAUGGCCUCACAAGUCUUGGUCUACCCACCGUAUAUUUAUCAAACUCAGUCAAGUGCCUUUUGUAGUGUGAAGAAACUCAAAGUAGAGCCAAGCAGUUGUGUAUUCCAGGAAAGAAACUAUCCACGGACCUAUGUGAAUGGUAGAAACGUUGGAAAUUCUCAUCUUCCCACGAAGGGUAGUGCUUUUCAGACAAAGAUACCAUUUAACAGACCUCGAGGACACAACCUUUCAUUGCAGACAAGUGCUGUUGUUUUAAAAAGCACUGCGGGUGCUACAAAGGUUAUAGCAGCUCAGGCGCAGCAAACUCAAGUGGAGGCACCUCAGAUUGGGGCGUGGCGACACAGGUUGAAUUUCCUAGAAGGCCCCCAGCGAUGUGGAUUGAAGCGCAAGAGUGAGGAGUUGGAUAAUCAUAGCGCAAUGCAGAUUGUGGAUGAGUUGUCCAUACUUCCUGCAAUGUUGCAAACCAACAUGGGAAAUCCAGUGACAGUUGUGACAGCUACCACAGGAACAAAACAGAAUUGUACCACUGGAGAAGGUGACUAUCAGUUAGUACAGCAUGAAGUCUUAUGCUCCAUGAAAAAUACUUACGAAGUCCUUGAUUUUCUUGGUCGAGGCACUUUUGGCCAGGUAGUCAAAUGCUGGAAAAGAGGGACAAAUGAAAUUGUAGCAAUCAAAAUUUUGAAGAACCACCCUUCUUAUGCACGUCAAGGUCAGAUAGAAGUGAGCAUAUUAGCAAGGCUCAGUACUGAAAAUGCUGAUGAAUAUAACUUUGUACGAGCUUAUGAAUGCUUUCAGCACCGUAACCAUACUUGUUUAGUCUUUGAGAUGCUGGAACAAAACUUGUAUGACUUUCUGAAACAAAAUAAGUUCAGUCCUCUGCCACUAAAAGUAAUUCGACCCAUUCUUCAGCAAGUGGCCACUGCACUGAAAAAAUUGAAAAGUCUUGGUUUAAUUCACGCAGACCUCAAACCAGAGAAUAUUAUGUUGGUGGAUCCUGUUCGACAGCCAUAUAGGGUUAAAGUAAUAGACUUUGGGUCUGCCAGUCACGUAUCAAAGACUGUUUGUUCAACAUAUCUGCAAUCUCGGUACUACAGAGCUCCAGAGAUUAUAUUGGGGUUGCCAUUUUGUGAAGCCAUAGACAUGUGGUCACUGGGAUGCGUGAUUGCAGAAUUAUUCCUUGGAUGGCCUCUCUACCCAGGAGCCUUGGAGUAUGACCAGAUUCGAUACAUUUCUCAGACUCAAGGUUUACCAGGAGAACAGUUGUUAAAUGUGGGUACAAAAUCCACAAGAUUUUUUUGCAGAGAAACAGAUAUCUCUCAUUCUGGUUGGAGAUUAAAGACACUGGAAGAACAUGAGGCUGAGACAGGAAUGAAGUCUAAAGAAGCCAGAAAGUACAUAUUCAACAGUCUGGAUGAUAUAGUGCAUGUGAACACAGUGAUGGAUUUGGAAGGAAGUGAUCUUUUGGCUGAGAAAGCUGAUAGAAGAGAAUUUGUUAGUCUGUUGAAAAAAAUGUUGCUGAUUGAUGCAGAUUUAAGAAUUACUCCAGCAGAGACUUUGAACCAUGCUUUUGUUAAUAUGAAACAUCUUCUAGAUUUCCCGCAUAGCAACCAUGUAAAGUCCUGUUUUCAUAUUAUGGAUAUUUGUAAGUCCCAUCCGAAUUCAUGUGACACAAAUAAUCACAAUAAAACUUCACUCUUGAGACCAGUUGCUCCAAGCAGUACUGCUAAUCUGACAGCAAAUUUUACUAAAAUUGGCACAUUAAGAAGUCAGGCAUUAACCACAUCUGCUCAUUCAGUUGUGCACCAUGGGAUUCCUCUGCAGGCUGGAACUGCUCAUUUUGGUUGUGGUGAUGCUUUUCAGCAGACACUGAUUAUCUGUCCACCAGCUAUUCAAGGUAUUCCUGCAACACAUGGUAAACCCACUAGUUAUUCAAUAAGGGUAGAUAAUACAGUACCCCUUGUAACGCAGGCCCCAGCCAUGCAGCCACUACAGAUCCGACCAGGAGUUCUUUCUCAGACAUGGUCUGGUAGAACACAGCAGAUGCUGGUACCUGCCUGGCAACAGAUAACACCCAUGGCUCCUGCUACUACAUUAGCUUCUGAGGGUAUGGCUGGUUCACAAAGGCUCGGAGACUGGGGGAAAAUGAUUUCACACAGCAAUCAUUACAGCUCAGUGAUGCCACAACCUCUUCUAACCAAUCAGAUCACCUUAUCAGCCCCUCAGCCAAUUAGUGUGGGCAUCGCACAUGUUGUGUGGCCUCAGCCUGCCACCACCAAGAAAAAUAAACUGUGCCAGAACAGAGGUAUUUUGGUAAAACUAAUGGAAUGGGAGCCAGGAAGAGAGGAAAUAAAUGCUUUCAGUUGGAGUAAUUCAUUGCAGAAUACCAAUAUCCCACAAUCAGCAUUUAUUUCUCCAAAGAUAGUAAAUGGGAAAGAUGUUGAGGAAGCAAGUUGCAUAGAAACACAGGACAAUCAUAACUCAGAAGGAGAGGCAAGAAAUUGUUGUGAAACUUCUAUCAGGCAGGACCCUGAUUCAUCAGUUUCAGAUAAACAGCGGCAAACCAUCAUCAUCGCUGACUCCCCGAGUCCUGCGGUGAGUGUGAUCACCAUUAGCAGUGACACUGAUGAAGAAGAGACGUCGCAGAGACAUUCGCUCAGAGAAUGUAAAGGUAAUCUGGAUUGUGAAGCUUGCCAGAGCACCUUGAAUAUUGAUCGGAUUUGUUCAUUAAGUAGUCCUGAGAGUACUCUGAGCACCAGCUCCUCAGGGCAGUCCAGCCCAUCCCCUUGCAAGAGACCGAACAGUAUGUCAGAUGAAGAACAGGAAAGUAGUUGUGAUACUGUGGAUGGCUCUCCAACAUCAGACUCUUCAGGACAUGACAGCCCGUUUGCAGAGAGCAGUUUUGUGGCGGAUACGCAUCAAAACACAGAACUGGUAACCUCUGCUGACACAGAAACCAAACCAGCUGUUUGUACUGUUGUGGUGCCACCAAUGGGACUAGAAAAUGGAUUAAAUGCCGAUGAGCAUAUGGCAAACACAGAUUCUGUAUGCCAGCCAUUAAUAAAAGGACGAUCUGCUUCUGGAAGAUUAAACCAGCCUUCCGCAGUAGGUAAUCGUCAGCAGAAAUUGACAUCAGCAUUCCAGCAGCAGCAUUUGAAUUUCAGUCAGGUUCAGCACUUUGGAUCUGGGCAUCAAGAGUGGAAUGGAAACUUUGGACAUCGAAGACAGCAAGCUUAUAUCCCUACUAGUGUUACUAGUAAUCCAUUCACUCUUUCUCAUGGAAGUCCUAAUCACACAGCUGUGCACGCCCAUCUGGCUGGAAAUACGCACCUCGGAGGACAGCCUACUCUACUUCCAUACCCAUCAUCAGCUACCCUCAGCAGUGCUGCACCAGUGGCCCACCUCUUAGCCUCUCCAUGUACCUCAAGACCUAUGUUACAGCAUCCAACUUAUAAUAUCUCCCAUCCCAGUGGCAUAGUUCACCAAGUCCCAGUGGGCAUAAAUCCCCGUCUGUUACCAUCCCCAAACAUUCAUCAGACUCAGUACAAACCAAUCUUCCCACCACAUUCUUACAUUGCAGCAUCACCUGCAUAUACUGGAUUUCCACUGAGUCCAACCAAACUCAGCCAGUAUCCAUACAUGUGAAAAUUCAAAAGCGUAUAUUGAGGAAGCUCAAUGAUAUAAACAUUUGAUUAAAAAUAAAACAUGGUAUUUAAUAAAUAUUAGCCAUGGCACAAGAAAAUUAUUUUUGAAUCAUGGAGACUUGGGUGCAAUUUAAACAACUUUGAGCUUUAAAAAAAAACUCACUUUUAAUGUGUUUUGCACAUUUGGUAUAACUUGUCUUUGGUCAUGUUAUCUUCUUAUGUAGUAACUCUAGGCAGGUGACUUAUGGGAGCAGAAGUCCAGUUUUGCUCCCACUAUUUUUUAUAAAAUUGCCUUCUAACUAGUGCAAGACACGUCUAUAUUUGGGAAGCCAUUCUGUGUACAGACUUAGAGCAACAGAUGCACAUAUGUCAGAAUUACAGCAUACAAGUGAAUUGUAUUAUCUGUGUCUUAGUGUAUAAAUGUUGGGUCACUUACCUAAGAAAUUGAGCUAUUGUUCUUUACAUUUGCAUGUGUCUUUUGCAUGGGCAAAAUGUUGCCUAGACUUUGCUCUUAAAUGUUGUUCUAAUAAUCUCAGCUGCAUUGUAAACCGUUCCCACACAUAGUGCCUUAAAUAUUUGAGGUUGUUAAUGUUAUUACUAUAUAUAAAUGUUGAGGACUGCAGCACUUAAAGUUCAGACUUACUCUUUAGUUUCCUUUGAUGGAGUAAUGUUCAUUUUUGGUUUUGUGUGGUAUGAUUUCAGGUUGUAGCUGUGUUUUCCUUACUAAGAGGGCAGCAUGUUUGCUAUAGCUGAAUUCUGCUGUCUUGAUUUUUCAGAAUGAUCUAGCUUCAAGAAAAGCAAGCAGGUAGUAGUGCUUAAGAAAAAGUGAUUCAGUAUCUAAUGGAUAGUUGAUACCUGUCACAACACAGCAUUUUAUAUACUGUUAAGUGAAACUGCAAUACAAUCUAAGUUUAUUUUGGGAGUGUUUGCUGUAUAAUUGGAUUUAAUAAAAUGUUUAGAGAUGCAGUACAGUAGGCAUGACUUUGAGUAGAUAAAGAAAAUGCUCAUUGAUUCAUGAUGUGGUUUCAUCCUAGCUUGGGCAAACCAUGCAGUAUUUAAUAAAUAGUAGCAGAAUAUUUACCAUUGAAGCUUGAAAAGAUGUGAGUUCUUUGUGUGCAAUUUUUCAUUUAUGCAUGUGAGAGGGUUUGUUUUGUUUUGUUUUUAAGUAUUUUUACAUUGUAGUACUUGUUUUGCUUGUUGGUGGUGUUUGCUUAUUUAAUACAUUCCGUCAGGGACAGAAAUUACAUGCUUGUUUUCCUAGGAAGUGCGUCUUGGGUUUUUCCCUCCUUAUUUUUUUUUUUUUUGGUGGUGGUGGUGGUGAUGUUUAAAUGAAGUUGCUUUUACAGCACCAAAGACUUAAUCAUCCAUUUCCUAUAUAAAAGGUAGCUACUUUUUGCAUAGACCUCAAGUAUAUUGUAGUGUAGAGGUGGAAUUUAAAGGAAGGUAUUAAGCAGGCUGUGUUUUAGCUUAUGGGCAAAUAAUAAAUUGUAUCAUUUAUCUUGAAUGUAUCAUAGAUAAGCUGCUAUAUAACGAUUGCCACUUCAGAUAGCUGUGAAAUUAGGUGAUUAACUAGUUGUUAUUUAGCCUUCUAAUUUCUGUAUAAGUCUAAUUACAUGAAAUAGAAGUUGGGGUUUUGAUUUUUUACUUUGCUUUUCUGUUUGGAGUGUCAUUGUAACUACUGUAUUGUAAAUGAUGGAAAAAAUUGCAUAUGUUAUUUUGGGGUGUGUUAUUUGCAUCAGUAUUUUAUCUCUAUUAAUGUUUGUGCUCAUCACUGCAUAUAAAAAAAACUGGGAUGUAUCAAUGUAACUUAAUUUUUAAUUUUCAUACUGGCAUUGUAGACACUUGAGAAAGCUGUAUCUUGCAGGCUUGACUUAACUUUUUUUCCUUAAAAAUCUGGAAUAUAAUCUUACAGCAUUUACUGGAAUAAACAGUACAAAGCAUUUGAGUGUAAAACUCCAACUGUUUUGGAUUUACAGCAUUUCUUUGAUAAAUGAAUUGCAUACCACUAGUACAGCGUUGACAAUAAGCUAAUAAUGGAUAAACUUUUCUUUACUCCAUGAAUACAAGCAGUGUUUUAUUUAAUAAUCAUCAAUGAAAUAAAUGUGCCUGAAAUUAAUUUUAAAAAUUACAGUAUUAGAUCAUAAGAUUAAAACCAGCAGUACAUUUUUAGUCACACUGAAAAUGAAGGACUUAAUUUUCCCCACAAGUUUCAGUGUUUUUAGUAAUCAAUUCUAUGCAUUUUAUAUAAAUAGAAAUAUAUAUAUAUAUUACACAUAAAAAGGAAUAGCCUAAGAUUAAUUUAAAAGAUUAUUUACAGAUGGCAAAUUUAUGGAGUCACUAUUUAAGUAAACUUGCUGCCCUCCACAGCCUUCUAAUUUAAUUUAUCUGGUCCAGCAGUUUACUGGUAUCUGCUCACUUGUUGGAGAAGAAUCAGUGCUGGCAAUGGAUGUUUCAGAAACACCAAGUGCAAAGGAUUGAUCGAUGUUUGUACCAGGUACAAAACUGGCGCAGUUUUCUUCCUGUUCAGGGCCGUGUUCACUACCCUGAAACAUCGUAUUUUCUGUAUUUCUGUUCCAAGACUGAGAUGUCUUGUUAAAUUGAUGGUGAAUGAUAAACUUCAAUGUUUUCAUAAUAUAAUAGUCCUGUUUGAUAAAGGCGUACCCAAGUUAAGUACACUGCUCUUAACUGAUUCUAAUCACGUGCUUUUUAUGUGUUUAAGAAGAUUAAAAAAAGAUCCAAGAUCCUGCUAAAACCUAAAUUUAGCAUACUGAGAAAAGAAUUUGUACUCUCUUUAAAACCAUUUUUACCAGUUUUCUUUGGUUUUACUGCUUUCUUAAAUAAAACACUGCAUGACUUCCAAGUUGCGUAUUUGCAUAUUACUUUAAUUUACAAAUUUUUUUUAAUCAAAUAUCUUGAUAUUUCGUUUCUUUUCCUUCAGGGUGUUUAAAUAUGUUACUGUAGUAGCAAAACUUUUUCAUUUUAAAAAUCUCUACUACUAAUUUUAAAGUUGAUUUGUGUUAAGUAAAAGUUAAAUCAUACACUGCAAGGUGUAGGAAGAUUUGUUUUAAAGAACCCAAUGAUAUAGAUUUGAUUACUGAGUUUGAACUGUUAACUGUUUAACAGUUUUAGACUUGUGGCUUUCUUUCUUUGGUUUGUUUUUGCUUUUACUUCUAUGCUACACUAGUUUGCCAUGUAGCAAUUGCACUGUGCAAUAUUACAAUAAGGACUGGGAAAAUUUUUAUGGAUGUAAUGUCUAUUACGGUUUGCGAUAGUAUUUCUCUCUAGUUCUCAGUGAUUUAAAUGUGACCAAGCCUUCUGUACUUUGUCACAAAAAGCGGGUUUUCCAGGUGACUAUUUUGGUGAGUGUCAAAAUAAGAAUUUAUGGUGUAUUACUGUCGAUUCACUUUGAAUUAAAAUAUAUAUAUUGCAGCAAA